GGAUUUUGUCACUUUUGCAAAGAGGCUUCCUGACGAUGAAUGUUGAUGCUAUCGGCCGCGCUCUUCUCCUGCCUGCAGCCGACUACCAGCGAGAUGAAGCAGUCCUUCGCGCCCUGCAGCCGGCCGGUUCGUUCGACCGCUUCUUCUUCCAUCCACAGGAAGACAUCAUCACCAUCCGGCUGCCGCGGCUCAUCCCGAAGCUCUUCGACAACAACACCGACACAGCUUCGCUCGAGCAACAUGGCACGCGGGAGGUGAGGAUGCGGCGCGUGAGUGUGGCUGGCGAGGGGCUGCCGGCGGUGUGGGUCAUCGAAGGAUUCCUUGACGAGGCUGUGCUGGGGCUGCUGAGCCUGUAUCUGGAGCUGAUGGACAGCGAGGGCAAGUGGGAGAUAGUUCAAGUCGACGGAGAGGGAGGUGGCGGGGUGAGUGAGGCAAUCAACACAACACAACACAACACAACACACGAAUAAGGAGAAGGCAUGAUUGGAUGGGUCGAUGGACGGACGGAUCUGCACUUCUGGUUUGUCUGUGUGUGUGUCUUUCAGGAGCUGGAUGAGCGGGGCUCGACAGAAGGCUGUGAUGACCCGGCCAGCAGCGGCAGGGACCACCAAGUGCUGACAAUGAAGGACGGCAACAAAGGCGCACACCUCGUGGCCAUCGCCCUAGCCAGGUGAGCGACCAUGACGCACAACUCACAAGUACAUGCAGACAGACAGACAGACAAUUGUGUUGUGGUGUGUAUCAUCUCAUCACGGUCCGUCCACGAUGUGAUUGAUGUGUGUUGGCUGUGCUGUGCUGUGCUGUGUGUGCGGUACGGGCAGGACGGCUGCAGCGGUGUUUCAGUUGCCGGAGGACUUCAUCGACCAGCCGAUACAAGUUCCUCGCUACAAACAUGGCGAGGUGCGGACGAAUGGCUAACCUGACUGUAUGUAUGCUCUAUGCUGUAUGCUUUCUCCCUCCCCUUCUGGUAUGUGUGUGUGUCAGUUCUACGACAUCCACCACGACGACGGCAACGAGUUCGACCGCUUCACCCGGCCACAGCACAGAGAGGCCUUCUUCAGCGAGACCAAGAGCCCGCAGGCCAACUGGGCGAGUCUGUAUGCGGCCAUGAGCGAGCGGUCGGACAGGGGCCGGGUGCUGUACGAGUGGGACGACGACACAGCCAUCAGGAACGGGCCGGGCACACGCAUCGCAACCGUCCUCCUGGUCAGUGGAUAGAUUGUAUGUAUCAAACACAAGACACACACACACGCGGGGUGGGUGAGUCAUGGGCGUGUAUGGCUUGCUUCUGCAUGUGUGUGUUUGUGUGCAGUACCUGAACACGCCGAGCCGUUCUGAUGCAGGUGGCCGCACCGUGUUCCCUCUGGUCGCCGACUCUGCCGGCAACCAACUCGCGGGUCGCCCGCAGCUCAACAAGGCGCUCAUCUUUCCGAACAUACUCAACGCCGAGGGGCAGCUCGGUGAGCAACAAAGCAGCUGCCGUCCUGUCACGUGAGUGAAUGCGGGGCUGUGUGUCUGUCUGCAGACCCGCGGAUGUUUCAUUUCGCAGAGGAAAUCACCAACAAGGACGCCGAGUGAGUGACAGGCGGAGGAACACUACACGCGACACGGACGUCACACAAGUGUCCUCUGUGUCGGGGUGUGUGUGCGUGUGUGCAGGAAGGCGGUGGUCAACUUGUGGGUGUGCGACCGUCCGCGGGCGAUGCGGAUGCCCCAGAGAGAGUUCCAGUGCUACGCCCUACCCAAAGCCGACAAGUAUGUGAGCACACAACACGCAACACAACACACCAUAACCCAGCACAGUGCACAGCUGCUGUACCCAUAUGUGAAUUCCUGUGUGACGUCAGGCCAGCGUUCCUGUCGAGGAUCCACCACCCCUCCUGCCCGGCCGACACGCUGUGCGAGGCGUGCGGCUUCCCGCCCUCAUACUCAUUCGAGAAACUGCUACAGAACGGUCGGUGGGUCAGACAAACAAAUGGAUGGACCCUACACACGUAGGCUGGCACAUGUGAGAUGUGUGUGGAUACUUGCGAUGUGAGCAGCUGACGAGUGCACUUUGGACAGCAGCAGGAGUGCUGACAGGGCCAUGUGGCUGGCCCGGAUGACCACACGCCGAGACGGGGCCGCUGGCGAGUGGGUGCGCUGCCAUGGGCAGGGGCAGGGGCCGUGUGUGCGGGGCAUACACAGCUCUUGCCUGGCACUCAGGACAGGUCAGUGGACAUGCACCUAACAGGGAAACAGGGGAGCAUGGGCGAUGUAUGUUGAUUGUGAUUGUCCUGUCUGGCCGUACCAGGCCCGCCAAGCGGUGAUGAGUGGCGAUGCAGCAGAUGCAGGGGCAGGGAUACCAAGCCUGAACGAGAGCAGCAAGGAGGGGAGCCGGCAAUGCCCAAGGCCAGCACGCGCCCACCACACCGGCCACCCAACGGGCCGCCCCGUGGCCCUCUCCCCCAGAAGCGCAUCCACGAGAUGCUGGGUUCCAAACAGGAGAGAGAAGCGGGGGAGGAGCGGCCGGGUGAGAGGGAGUGGCUGAUGAGGGAGAUCGAGGCCAAGGGCCGUGAGCUGCAGGCGGUGACCAUCUCGGCGCUGCAGGGCAACAGGGGUCACAGGCCGGUGCGGGUCAACAUCCCGGCCUUCUCUCAGGCGGCCAGCCAGAGCAAGGACGUGCAUGGCCUGCGAAGCACCCUCAAGCACAUUCAGAAGAACAUUAUCAGCUUCAUGCCCCCACCAGUGGCACCACCCCUCUGCCCCUCGCCCAUGUCGCCUCCCUCCCCUCCCCAGCCUCCCCAGCGUCCUGCCAAGAAGCGGCGGGGAUUGAAGCUACUCGAUGGCGACGGCAAUGUGGUCGCGCCCAAGCAGCCAGCACACGGAGACGACGCUGCUUCGUCGCCUGAGGCCGAGCAACAGCCAGAAGUGCCUGCAGCAGCAGCACCACCAGGGGCGGCUCGUCCCGCCAUCGAUGUCAUUGAUCUGGAGUCCCCCGCAGGAGGCGAUGGGCUGAACCCACCCACACCGUCCCCUCACCCCAAGGCUGCGGCGGCUCCAGCCAAGGCUGCUGUCGAGACGUCCACGGCUGGUGCUGCCCCCCUGCCCCACCAAUCGACAGGAGUGCUGGCAGCGUCCCAUGGUGUCCGGGAGGCCGGCAGCCAGGCAGGAGCAGCAGGAGGUGGUGCCGUGAGAAGGGGUGGGGGCGUGAUUGAGGGUGGGCAAACUGUGAAGAGGGAGCAAGGGAACGGGAAGACAAUGCAGGAUGCCAUCAACCUUGACCUUGACGACGAUUAGUGUGGAGGAAUGGAUGGAUAGAUGGAUGGGCGGUGGUGUGUUGUGUACAGUGUCAAUUGCUCCUCGUUACUUGCUACCGAGUCAUGUUUUAGUUUCAUUUCCACUCACUCACAGCCGUCUGUCUGCAUUGAAUGCAUUACCUGCCUGCCUGACUGACCUUUGCCCUAUCCUAUAUUUGUCACGUGUGCAGUGUACUUUUACUACCGGGCUUGCUCAAGGGGCUCCAGACAGACAGACAGACAGACGCAGCAGUGUGCUGUGCGUAGACUCGCGGGAUGGAUUCACAUACCGUGUGCAGUGGACAGAUCAGAAUUCAUUCCAUUCAUUGAAUGUGAGUUCA